AUGCAGAAGGGUGAGAUUGAGACACUUAAGCAGGUUUGUCUGAGUAUCUUGGCUAUUGGUGCCAUAUGUACGCGUCAACUAAACAUAGCGGCUUCAAAGGCUCAGUUAUCGGAGGAAUAA